AUGGAUUUGAUGAAGUUGCUGCUCACCCUUAAUCUUGAAUGCCAAGUGGCUGUAAAAGAAUUUUGUUCUGCGAUUCAGACCCUUGUUAAUGAUAUUAUAUCCUUUCCGGUAUUAAGAUAGUUUAAAAAUUAUGAAAUUCUUUUCUCCUUUGCUUUUAAAAACUGUCAUAUUGUCUAUAUAUGCUGUGUCAGUCAGUUUACUUUACUUUCUUCUAGCUAGUUAAUGAAUAAUAUUUAGCCAUAAGGUUUUUUUUAUGUACUACUUUAGAACCAGAGGAAAUUAUAUCCAGUUAUUAUUGACAGUCUCGAAGAGUUCAGGUUAGUAAUAAAACUUAUUUAAUAUAAUAUUAUAGUAAUAGACUAGUUGUUUCCUUAUAUAUUAUUCAGUGAAGUGGAGGUGGCUUGUGGAUAUUUAGCGAGCUGCAUUUGAAGUGCUAGGUUAGGUGAAUAGUAUUGUUUUACUAUGUACACACUGUACUAAAACAAUUACAUGAUAUAUAAUUGAGCUCACAAAUGAUGAUUUUCAACUCAUUUAUUGUUCAGCAAAUGUUUUACACGUUUAAUAAUCUAGCUUGCUGAUAAAUAAAACUUUUGAAGGCAUUAAGUUGCAUAUUUUCUUGAAAAGGAGUUGUGAAUCAAUUCUUUCUGUACAUUUGAAUUCAUUCUGUUUAGGACCACAGCCCCACAGCCAUUUAUUGCCAGCUUAAUUGAUGAACGAUGUCAGCUUAAUAAAGUAACAUGCAGUCAAGCGUAUUUGCAUUUUUAAACAAACACUUUUCUUACUCGUGUCUUAUCGGUAAAUUCAGUUCAAACAAACAAAGGUAAUCCUAAAAUACUGCCUUUCAAACAGAAUUUAAUUGCCAUCUUUGUGGAUCACAGCUUCUUAAUUAUAAAUAUGGUAGCAGAAUAACUGGUGUGAAUAAGCACUGGGUAUACCAAUUGCAAGUUUGAGUAGCCAAACAAAGAGCAAAAAGCACCAAUUAUAUCCAUUUGUUAAGUGUAUAAUGAUACUUACUGUCAGUAGUUGAUAUUUUUAUGUCACAGCUGGUCUCUCCUAUAUAAGGAUGAAGCGAAGCUCCUAGCUAAUCAUAGUGCUCUAUUUUCAAUAAUCAUCAAUGUAGUUAUGCUAAUGGUAUGUAUUAUGAUAUCAGUGGUUGACAUUACCUUAUUGUCGAUUGGUGGUCGGAUAGUUAUUGCUGUAGAUGGUCAGUGAUUCGUCAAACCUGAUCAUGUUAUUGAUGCUACAUGUGUAUGAGAGGUGUGGCUGCACUGAGAAUAACCAAUGGGAUGUGAACUUUUUAUUACAACAUUCCUUUUGUAGACAUCUUUUAAGGGAAUUAUUACAUGUAACACUCUUUCCCAUGUGGUGACCUGUACAUUGAACUACUGCAUAGACAAUAUUUAACUCUGAUGGUUCACUAACCAUUAGGUUACUUCUCAGCAAUUUGUAUUGUAUUGUCAUUUUGAAUCAGGCUGGAACGCGUUUUAUUUGAAUUGGAGAACACGGAUGGUGUAAGUCAGCGCUGUACCACUUCUUGUGUGGAGUAUACAACGGUUUGAGAUGCUGCUUGUGACAGAAGCAAAAAGGUGGCAUUGGUCGAUCUGCAUACUAAAGUUAUUGAGCGGUGGUUCUUGUUGAGUUUGAUAUCAUUUGAUAUAUGAUAAAAAGUGUAAUCAUAACUAUAACAAAGUUCUCAAAUCUGAUUGGCUAUCAACUGUCCUGAUUUCAGCCUUAAUAGGACAGUUUAAUAGGACACUACGCGCCAUCACGCGCGCGCUUAAAUGUUUUUUUUUUUCAUUGCUAGCCGAACAAAGAUUGGAAUUUCUUGUGUUUCGAUUUAAAAAAAGAGCCAAGAAGUAUAUAUCACAAGUUUUGUUAAAGUUAUGAUUAAUUUUUAACAGAACUUCCUGUCGUCCAAUUCGGUCUGUAAUCAUGCUCAUGAUUAAACAAAUCAAAGUCCCGCAACUCGGUCCUCCGAUUUUGUUAAGCACUCGUAUGAUUGCAGACCGAAUUGGACUCCACUCAGUCGUGUUACCAUUACUAAUUGUUGCGGUUAUGAUUCCAAGCUGCUAGAACGCAUUCUUGAGAAACAAGGAUAUGGUCCGUUUUCAUGAACGUUUGAUUUUAGUGACCCAUUAAAAGCAGUGUCUUUAUGAUUUCUUUAAACCUGCCAUCACGUCGCUGUCAACGUAGUACAGUUUUGCUUUGUCGAAAAUAUAGGCCAGGGCAUAAAAUAACUUGCUAGUCCUGAUGCUUUUGGGCUCCAGGACUAGACAAGUGUCAGGAAUUUCCCGUCUUAACAUUACGGGGUUUUGUCUUUUCACUUACUGUUUGAUUUUAUCUUUUUCUUGGUUUUUUCUUGACCUGUCUUCUGUCCUUAUCACUUAGAUGGCCAUGACCUUCAAGCAGAUUUGUCAAGCAACAAAGAGCAUGCGAACCGCUCUAGAUAAAUUCAACAACCUAGAAUGCAGCAAUGCUUGCCCAUUUCCACGCUCCUUGGAGUUCGAUCAAGUGAAGAACCCGGAAGCAGACGUUUGGCUACGAUCGGAGUUUGUUGGUUCUGACUCGCUAGUACCCAUAACCGUUAGACGUAGAGCAAUCGAUCUGUAUCAUCUGCUGGAUAGAGCUAAAGAAGAGGUGACCUUACUUCAGGAAGAGAUGAGAAACGUAGUUGAUCACUUCAGCGGGCAGCACGCGACGUUUUCCAGUUCGUUAAAAGAUGCCACGAUAUCUCCUUUGUCCUUAGAGGAGUUAGGGAAAAAUACAUUUCCGAAAAUGAAACUGUUGUCUUUGGAGGGACAGCUUUUAGAGGUCAAAAGAGUUUUCCAAGGUCACAUCGGAGAAGUCCCUCUCCCGAACUUAAUUUUUGAUCGAAACAGUAUUCCGUUACAGGACGAUGAAAACGAGGCUGACGAAGUGUCUGAGUUGUUGCUAACCCUCCCGGAAACAGAGGAGGAUGAAGUGGACAGUGAAAAAGAAUGCGACAGCACUUUUUUUAGUUCUUCGGGAAUAUUGCUUUAAACUAGAAAAGCGUUAACUAUUCCACUAUAUUUCGGGCUCCUCUGGACCUCCGCAAUCCUAAUGUCCACGUUGCUAGUCUGCGUGAAUUAUAGGGCGAAGUACACAUUUGGGGUUCUCAAUGCUCCCAUUUUCUAGUAAAUGAAAAUCGUCAAGCACCUGAAUCAAUUGUUGUGAAAUCGUUGUUUUCCUACUAGUUGUCAUCGACUAUCGUGCCAAGAACGCUUUUCUCGCUAUUUCAUCCAAUUUUCUAAUGAAUGGGAAAAUCCGGCUCCUUAAUAUCGUGCUUUUAAAUUAGUGUGUGGGGUAAACAUGCGGAAUUUUUCCUGGGCAGCUGGAAAUAAGUGUGUGUGUUUCAGCAGCUACAGUAGACAGACACAUAAAAACCAAGUGGAUUCAGGGGCACUAAAAAGGAGCAUGGAAAAUACUUUUUAGGCUAUCCCGAGUACUUUUAGAUGUCUUGAAAUGCCUUGCAUUCUAAGCGGCCCUAUAUAAUUUGUAUCUAUUCGGAGCUCCUAGAAGAAAUUGAGUCUUUUCGAAAUUACAAGGGUUUUAGUAUUAUUUUCCGAAAGAGAUAUUUUACAGAAAACAGUCGUUGGGUGCCGCUGUUUGUGGAUUGAGAACCUCCUGUUAUAAAUUUGCAACUGUCAUGCCAAAAAUACAAGAACCUUUUUGGCCAAGUUACUUGUAGGUUAAGAAGGUUGUUAAGUGUGUGUUGGAGUUUAAUUGUCCUCAACGUUUUAACCAAUGAGUUUGAUUUUGAGAGUGCAUAUUUAUAUUACAUGAAAAUAAGGUCACGGUAACAAACUGUAUUAACUAAUAAAAGUAUCAAUGUAAAAAAGGUUUAUAAAAAGACAAAAUAAGUACAUGCUGUAAUUUUGUCUUCAUAAACGGGCAUCGUAUAAAGGAGAUUGCAAUGAAUAUUUGUCCAUAAAUAUUGUCUAUGUUGAAGUUACUUUUUUAUCUCAGGUAUUUUUUUGGUAUGGUAAUGUACGCUAAUGAAGUUGAAAAAUGAAAAUUACCCGAGAUAAAAAGAAAUUAACUUUAAUACGUAUAUAUGUCAGGACAAGACUCACGUUUGUUAAUUUUUUCUAUUACUCAGCAACUAUAUCUCUUUAAUAGAAAUUGAGAAUUUAACUGAAGAUAAGUACCUCUAAAAUAAAAGAACCUAACUUUGAUCUCCUAAACUAAGGAUCCCCUCGAAAAUAACGGCUAUGCGAAAGUAACGUCAAUUUGCUACCUUCCGAGUAACCCCGAAAGUAGCUACUUGUAAGGCCCCAAGUAGCAGCCCUUUAAAAAUUACCCCUCAAUUACAACUUCAGUAAAGUUGUUUAUUGAAUUUAUUUCUUUCUUGAUCAUGUAAGCAACUGAAACGGGAAAAUGUAUAAUCACUUGAGUGAAUGAACUGCUGUGAAAUCGGUCGUUAUUAACUAGUUUUCGCAUUUUGUGACCUAUGAGGAUAAGUCAAGACUUUGAAUGACUUGGUAAAAAACUGAGUGGUUACAGCAUUUUUUUACCGGAUAACCGAGAAAAUAUACAAAAAUUACCUUUUUGUCGGGAUUUAAUUGUGUGUACAUCAUUUCUUUUAUUUAAUGUUGAACCAGUGCGCUCUUUUGAUUUUUCAGGUUAUUUUCCGAUACACGGCAAAAAGGCUAGCACUUCCACGGUUGCCGUAACAUCGGGCAGUUUCCUUCAUUUUGCAUUAUGGCACUUUGAUGCGUUGCCGUAAAGUCUGGCCGUUCCCUCUAGUUUCCAUGAAAGGUUUGCUCAACAGUGCAUUUUAGGCACUUAGAUGCUUUGCCAUGAAAGGUUUGAUCAAAGGUGCAUUUUUGGGUUCCCUUACGUUUGCAUGAACGGCAGGGUCAACAGCGCAUUUUUGGGCACUUAGAUGCUUUGCCGUAAAAUCGGGCCGUUUCCUGUAGUUUCCAUGAACGACAGGGUCAACAGUGCAUUUUUGGGCACUUAGAUGCUUUGCCGUAAAAUCGGGCCAUUCCCUCUAGUUUCCAUGAACGAUAGGGCCAGCAGUGUAAUUUUGGGUACUUAGAUGAUUUGCCGUAAAAUGGGGCCGUUCCUUCCAGUCUCCAUGAAAGACAGGGUCAACAGUGCAUUUUUGGGUACUCAGAUGCCCUGCGGUAAAAUCGGGCCAUUCCUUCCAGUUUCCAUGAAAGACAGGGUCAACAGUGCAUUUUUGAGUACUUAGAUUCCCUUCCGUAAAAUCGGGCCGUUCCCUCCAGUUUCAAUGAACGAUAGGGCCAGCAGUGUAAUUUUGGGUACUUAGAUGCUUUGCCGUAAAAUCGGGCCGUUCCCUCCAGUUUCCAUGAAAGACAGGGUCAACAGUGCAUUUUUGGGUACUUAGAUGCCCUGCCGUAAAAUCGUGCCAUUCCCUCUAGUUUGCAUAAAAGACAGGGUCAACAGUGCAUUUUUGGGUACUUAGAUGCCCUGCCGUAAAAUCGGGCCGUUCCCUCCACUUUGCAUGAAAGAUAGGAUCAGCAGUGCAAUUUUGGGUUUAUACUUAGAUGCUUUGCCGUAAAAUCUGGCCGUUUCCUCUAGUUUCCAUGAAAGGUUUAAUUUGCUCAACAGUGCAUUAUAGGCACUUAGAUGCUUUGCCGUAAAAUCUGGUCGUUCCCUCUAGUUUCCAUGAAAGGUUGGAUCAAAGGUGCAUUUUUGGGUUCCCUUACGCUUGCAUGAACGACAGGGUCAACAGCGCCUUUUUGGGCACUUAAAUGCUUUGCCGUAAAAUCGGGCCGUUGCCUGUAGUUUCCAUGAAAGAUAGGGCCAGCAGUGUACUUUUGGGUACUUAGAUGAUUUGCCGUAAAAUCGGGCCGUUCCUUCCAGUCUCCAUGAAAGACAGGGUCAACAGUGCAUUUUUGGGUACUUAGAUUCCCUGCCGUAAAAUCGGGCCGUUCCCUCCAGUUUCCAUGAACGAUAGGGCCAGCAGUGUAAGUUUGGGUACUUAGAUCCUUUGCCGUAAAAUCUGGCCGUUUCCUCUAGUUUCCAUGAAAGGUUUAAUUUGCUCAACAGUGCAUUAUAGGCACUUAGAUGCUUUGCCGUAAAAUCUGGUCGUUUCCUCUAGUUUCCAUGAAAGGUUGGAUCAAAGGUGCAUUUUUGGGUUCCCUUACGCUUGCACGAACGACAGGGUCAACAGCACAUUUUUGGGCACUUAGAUGCUUUGCCGUAAAAUCGGGCCGUUUCCUGUAGUUUCCAUGAAAGAUAGGGCCAGCAGUGUACUUUUGGGUACUUAGAUGAUUUGCCGUAAAAUCGGGCCGUUCCUUUCAGUUUCCAUGAAAGACAGGGUCAACAGUGCAUUUUUGGGCACUUAGAUGCUUUGCCGUAAAAUCGGGCCAUUCCCUCUAGUUUCCAUGAACGAUAGGGCCAGCAGUGUAAUUUUGGGUACUUAGAUGAUUUGCCGUAAAAUCGGGCCGUUCCUUCCAGUCUCCAUGAAAGACAGGGUCAACAGUGCAUUUUUGGGUACUUAGGUGCCCUGCCGUAAAAUCGUGCCGUUCCCUCUAGUUUGCAUAAAAGACAGGGUCAACACUGCAUUUUUGGGUACUUAGAUGCCCUGCCAUAAAAUCGGGCCGUUCCCUCCACUUUGCAUGAUACAUAGGGUCAGCAGUGCAAUUUUGGGUACUUAGAUGCUUUGCCGUAAAAUCGGGCCGUUCCUUCCAGUCUCCAUGAAAGAUAGUUUCAACAGUGCAAUUUUGGGUACUUAGAUGCUUUACCGUUAAAUCGUGCCGUUCCCUCCAGUUUGCAUGAAAGAUUGGGUCAGCAGUGCAUUUUUUGGUACAGUCGAACCUGUAUUUAACGGCCAUGUAAGCAUCCACCCUCUAGUAAGCCGCCAGUUUUCAAAGUCCCGCUUUUUCGCUCAUACAAACCCUGUAUUUGUUACCUGUAUUAUGUGGCCACCCUGUAGUCAGAGGCACCCAACGACAAUUUUCGGAAAAAUAUCUGUUCGGAAGACGAUUUGAGAUCUAGAAUUUUCGGAACAUUUGUUGUAAAAUUUCUUGCUUGCCUGCCUCUCCUAGGAUUUUCGGACAUCUAAAAAAUGGUAUAAUUGCCUAUUUUUAACGGAUUUUUACCCUAAAAAGGUCACCUAGAAUUUUCGGGAGCCUUUUUUCUGGCUAAAAUUUUCGAAAAGGUAAGUUUUGAUCCCUAUAAUUUUCGGAUCACUAGACUUUCAGCUAGGAAAUCCGAACAGAUGAAAAAUUUUUAGGGGAUAAAAAUAUGCCUAUAUCUACCGUUUAAACACUAAAAUACGUUUAACAAUUCUAUGUUUAAGUGGUUUUGAACUAUAUUCUCGUUGGGUGCCCCUGUGUAGUAGUCCUAUGUUUGUCUUUCUUUGUUAUUUUUAGCUGUAUUUGGCGGCCACUAAGCGAUAUGUCAUUCUAUGUAUUAUUUCAUGGUGUUUAAAAUGCGAUCCAUCAUGACUAUAGAAAACUAACAUGUACAAUCCCGGGGUACAAAGGUACUCUAAGCUGAUACUCGGGCGUUUAGUAUCAUUAACGCUUUUCAGAUGUCUUCAGAUUUAUUGCAUAGUACGUACUUUUACAUAAUGUUACGUAUUUUAUACCGUUAAGGUACCAGUUGGCACCGAACUUUGUUUCAAGUAUUGUUCGCUUGAAAGAGUUUUGAUUGUCGUAUUGUUUCCUUGACAUUAAAACACGCCCGGUGAGUAUUCUUUUAUCCUGUAUUAAGUGGCCAGUUCCUCAAGUCCCGAAGGUGACAGUUACACACUGGUUAUAUACAGGUUCGACUGUAUUUGGAUCCUAUUUACUAGUCUAUGGCAGUUAGUCUGGCGCUUCGAUGACCUGGCGAACAAAAAGGCUGUUCCUUUCAUUUUGCGUAAAAUAUAGCGCCAACGAUGCCUUUUUGGCACGUAGAUCCCAUUUUCAAGUAACUGGAAAAUUGCCUGGCACUGAUAGCGGCCGUAAAUUCAGAGUGUCCCUCCUUUUUUCAUGAAAUGUAGGGUCGAACAAUACAUUAGUGGUACGUCUCAUUGUCAAGCUAAUGUGAAACGUUCGUGUACUUUACUGAGCUGCCAAUUGCCAAGUUUGGGGGUGUUCCCCUAUUUUUUAUGGGAUAUCAUUGUUUAAGACUGCGAAAUCACCUGGCCGUCCAAAUGAAUUGUUGAGAAAUCUGUUUCCCUCUAGCUUCACUUCUUCGUGUAAUAUUGGGACAAAUGCGCUGGCUCCCUUUUCAUGAUGCAUUGCGUUAAAACGUCUGGUCCUUGAAUGAGUUGCUGCGUAAUGAGACCCUAUACUUUCAUAGAGUAUUCUGUACUUGUUUGGGCUGCCGUAAAUUGAAAUUGUUUGUUUUUCACUUCAGUUAAUCGGGGCAAUGCAGCAUGUUUUACUGAUUCGCUCGCCACUUCGAUGAGCCACCCACACGACACACGUGUAUUACUUUGAAUAUUUUGUUUAUUAUUUUUUGUAUUUGCAAUGACUAAUUAAAAAAUCAUUUAGGCUAAAUUGAAAUACAUAUCUCUAUAAAUCUUUAAUUAUUUGAAAAUGAAGGAAAUAGAAUGGGGAACAGUACAAAUUGUUUGUCUUAACUCACUCGUCCGGUGCAAAAAUAAUCAGUUCGUGCAAGAUCACUACUACCACAAGGAUUAUAAUUUAGUCUAUAUUAAAUGUACGUUACAGAUGUACUGCACAUUACUGGGAGCCUAUAUCAUAUUAAUCAAUAUUUCUGAAAACGUUGACUUCACGCUUAUCUAAAAUAACAGGGAUCAACUUCGUCCCUAGGACGCUUUUCCCUGGCUUUGACAAUUGCAAGGGACGUACUCGAGGGAUAUACAAGGAUAUACUCGAAGGUGGUAUCAAACCCACCUCAUUAAUAUAAAAAAUGCCUUUGUUUCUAGUUUGCCUAUUGAAUUACGUUAUUACACUCAGCAAUAUUUAGCGUAAUUUUUGAUUAAUUAUAACAUUUAGUUAUAUUCUAUGAAAUUAGCGAUAGCUGUUAAGGGACCGGUCAUAAAGUACAGAGGGAAGAGGGGGGCUAUGAAUUUUUUUUUAAGUACUGGUUUUCAGUGGCCCACCCCUGAGUUAUUUGACAAAAUUGGGGCGGCCCACCCCUGGAGUGGCACAGAAAAAACUAGUGACCUACCCCCCAACCAAAACCAGUAACGCUGAUUUGGAUAGGUACAUUAGGGAACAUUGGCUUACCACUUUUGUCAGAAUCUCCAAAAAAUCUGCGAGAUGGAAAUGUGAGUGAAUGAAAGAAAAUAAAGCACAAGCUAGGAAGCGACGCCGUGAAAGAGCAGAGAAAAAUUGUGAGAGAGUGUUCUCCGCAAUCAGUCACUCAUCAUCUUAUGGUGAAGUUAUAACCUCCGAUCAUUGUAGUUGGAUAGGCCUUAACAUCUUAACAAAGAGAGAUGGUAGGUGGUUCUAAAACUAUUAAUAAGUAAAGGUAAAUUUACAGUGGAUUGCUGUUUAAACAAUUAG